AUGGCCCCCCACCUCUACGGCGCGGACCUGAAACCCGAACUCAUCGCCCUAGGCGACGAGCUCUUCCGCGACGCGUCCCUCCUACCGCGCGCCACGCAAUUCAUCGCGCCCGCGGACGUGCUGGACGGGCGCGUCAAAUUCGUGCACGCCACGGCCGUGUUCCACCUGUUUGAGUGGACGGCGCAGGAUAGGGUAGCGGGGCGGGUGGCGAGGCUGUUGCGACGACGGCGGCGGUGGGGGGCAGCAGGAGGACGGAAAGGAAGAGCGGAAUAG